GUUGCUGCUGCCCCUGGUCAAGCGCAGUCGAACUCCACAGAGUCAAAUGAUCGACCUGCGCCCAUCCCACUCUGUCAGACGCCCGCUGCCUCUUUUGCCACAAUCCCCAACCUCCUGCCGCCUGCUAACCAACCGCAGAUGCAGUCGCUGCUGGGGAAUGUGCCCUGCGGCCUCUCUGCGGCCACCCUCUAUCCCGCUUUGCUUGCCUACCCUACGUUCGUUCCUUCGAGAUCCUCACGUCUGCCCUCACCCUCUCUGCCUCCGGUGCUCUACACAGGUACUGUCUGACGUAUUUUGCCUGAAUCUUUCUGCUCACACUUCAUUCCGGCCUUUCCUUGCACGCGGCCUUAGUUCUUCAAGCUCACAGCCUACCGAAUGUGAGUCCGUGCCUCGAGGUUAA